CGAUUUCAUAUAAAGGAAACAAAUUAAGAAUAUAUAUACUCUCUCAAUAUAUAAUAUCUUUCUUUCAAUUAAUCAAGAAACUCAUAAGAACCAAUCUUUAGAAAACAGGUAGCUUGCUAGCUAGUACGUACUAUUGGAAGAAGAUAAUUAAAGAAGCAAUUCAAUGAUUUCAAGGGCCACAUCUAGCUUCCCAAGUGUCCACCACCAAGGGCUUCAGAUGUUCCCUGACCCGGAAGGUUUUGUGUCACCCUCUGAGGAAUCAGGCUCAUCAGGUACUACUUCACACUCUAGUUCCCUCCUCUUUAAUCUCUCUAUUCUGAAGGACAAGCUUAGUGAGGUGCAGACCCUGGUAGGUGUUAUUCUCUCGCCAAAUCAAAGCCUACCCGAGCCAACUUCCAUGGCCAUAUCCAGCAUGAACUCCAUUAUCCAAGAAAUCAUAGUCACUGCCACAUCAAUGAUGUUCACCUGCCAACAGAUGGCUCUCACUACCCCUCCAGGUACUACUAACAAAUUGCACCAGCAGAACAAGUCGUUGUUGCCUCACUCAAAUAAUAAUUCUGGCACAAAUACAAGUGUACUAAUUGGUAACAACAUAGGCACAGAUAAUAUUAGUGACCAUCAGGGUUUGUUUUCUAGUACUGAGUCAGAGACACUUGACUGGUUUAGUACUGAAAGCUAUAACAAUAACAUUGAUAAUAGCAAUAGCAAUAUUAGUAAGGUUGCAAAUAUCAGUAGUGAAAACAAUAUUAUUAGUAGAGGAAGGGAUGAACAUGAACCUAAUGAAGAAGAAGGGUACUAUAGAGGGGUUUCACCGAAGAUGAAUAGUGAUAUAAUUGAAUUGGAUGCUGCGGAUUUGUUGGCUAAGUACACUCACUAUUGCCAAGUUUGUGGCAAAGGGUUCGAGCGUGAUGCGAAUUUGAGGAUGCACAUGAGGGCUCAUGGGGAUGAGUACAAGACCAAUGCUGCUUUGAGUAACCCAAUUAAGAACAAAGGGAACUUAUUGGAAGGGGGAAGAGAGUGUUUGAUGAGUACUGUGAAGCCAAAGUAUUCGUGUCCUCAAGAAGGGUGCAGGUGGAACCAGAGACAUGUCAAGUUUCAGCCUUUGAAGUCAAUGAUUUGUGCCAAGAACCAUUACAAGAGAAGCCAUUGCCCCAAAAUGUACGUGUGCAAGAGGUGCAACCAGAAGCAAUUCUCGGUGCUCUCUGAUCUGAGGACACAUGAGAAGCACUGUGGGGAUCUCAAGUGGCAGUGCACGUGUGGAACCUCGUUUUCUAGAAAAGACAAGCUUAUGGGUCAUGUGGCUUUGUUCGUGGGGCACCAACCAGCAGCAGCUAUCAACAAUAGUAAUGCUCUCUCUUUCUCGGCCAAAUUAGAGCAGCAGCACACAUUGCAAAUGCAGAUUGAGGAUAGCUCAAGAUGAUGUUUAUGUCUCUAUAUAUCUAUCAUGAUUGAUCAUAAAGAGUUAGCCCCAAUAGACUGGCGAUGGCACGGGUCUCUUGGAUCUUGGAAUGAAGAUGGGAGAGUAUUUUGUCUUGCACUUCCUGAGCGGUAUUUCUUUAAUUGAUCCAUAACUUAGGUCACUAGCAUGUUCUUGUUAUAGAUAUACCCUCUCUAUUUUCUGAGUGGUGUUUAAUUUUCUGCAUAUUACUCGGUAAUUAUAUUCCUUUAAAGAGAGUAAAUAAGUGCGCUGUACCAUUAAAUCACUA